AUGGUAAUUCGAAAACCGCUCCCGGAGUCGGCGACUCCCGACCCGGCUGUGCCGCGCAAUGCGCUGUCCCCGCACCAGGCCCAAGACGAGGCGAUAUGGGAGGAUGGGAUGCAACAGCAAGAGGCGCGACGCCAAACCAACCCAAAUCUGGCGCCAGAUGAUGUACCGAACACUCUACGGCCCGGCUACGCCGACAAACUUUCCGACUUUGGGGGGGAUGACAAUAUCUGGGCCGAGGGCCUGCCUGCGCUAAAUACGGGUGACAUGAGCCAAGUACCGGUGGUACAAAGGCUAGGUGGCAGUCAUGGUGCGGAAGCAGCUCCGGUGCCCAGUGGAGAUUCCAAACCCGAGACGAAUCCGUUCAAGAGGAAGAUGUCGUUCAGCGCGUCUGGGGCCGGGCAGGGCAGGCCGGGAGCAUCGUCCAAUAUCCCGCCCGUCCCGUCUGUCCCGGUCGCGGACUUUUCCCAGCUAGGCGGGGACAAUGUAUGGGCAUCAGCUCGCCCAUCGCGCCAACCCACCCCCGGACUGGAAUCCGAUUCGCCAGCGCUCGUGUCUCUGCCUUCUGAGGGGGGUUCAGGCGUAUGGGGAGAGGAACCUAACAAACUGCCCCCCUCCGCACCGCCUGUACCCACAAUCGGCGACGGCCUUGGAAAUUCAUCCGCAUGGGGCGAUGUCAAGGCACCCGAUAAUGAAAAGGGCGCGCAGCCACCAGCAGUGCCGAAUAAAAGCGCCGCAGGGGCGGAUGAUUGGAACUUGAUCGAUAUGGAACCCAAUCCGGAACCCCUCUCGAGGCAGAGCACUUGGGAAAACUUCAGGGAUGAAGAUACCGCCGCUCAAACGGCUCCUGCGGCGGCUCCUGCGACGACUCCCGCGACGACUCCCGCGGCGGCCCCUGCGGCGGAACCAAAUACCGAAGUAGCGCAACAGGUGCCACCGGAACCAUCAGCAGAUCUCCCGCCCCCUCAACCCCCACGGCCUGUCGACAAAUCAGAGACGUAUCAAAUCAAGAACAUCUCCUGGCACGAUGCGACGGCCACCAACAACCCCAGGGUGUCACCAAUCGUCGUUCAGAACGCCAAUGGGCCGUGCCCGCUGGUUGCCCUUGUGAACGCCCUUACGCUGACUACCCCGGCGGAGAGGACGAACACGGCACUCGUUGAAACGCUGAGAUCACGGGAGCAGGUCAGCCUUGGUCUGCUUCUGGAUGCCGUCUUUGACGAGCUCAUGUCGGAAAGGCGCGCACAGCUUGACGUCCCUCUCCCGGACGUGACGGAGUUGUACGAUUUCCUCAAGGGGCUCCACACAGGCAUGAACGUCAAUCCGCGUUUUGUACCGGCUCCCGAGGUGGUUACGGCAUUCAAACGGACAUCACUUACACACCUGCACCCGACCGAGCGCACCGAUAUGAUCCCUGGCACCUUUGAACGUACCAGAGAGAUGAAUCUCUACUCGACCUUCUCUAUCCCGCUUAUCCAUGGCUGGCUUCCUCCCAAGGAGGACGCUGUAUGUGCGGCAUUCUCACGGCAGGCGGUGUCAUAUGAAGACACACAAAAUCUAUUAUUUCGGGAAGAGGAGCUCGACGAGAAGCUGUGUAGCCCCCAGGGCCUCACGCCCGAGGAGCAGCAGAUUUAUCAAGAUAUUCUGACCAUCAAGUCGUUCCUAAACACAUCGGCAACGCAACUCACCACCUCCGGGCUUAAUGUAAUCAAAACGGCGAUGAAACCCGGGUCCGUGGCCAUCUUGUUCCGCAACGAUCACUUCUCGACUUUGUAUCGACACCCACAAACCAUGGGGCUUUUCACCCUCGUCACGGAUGCUGGGUACGCUGGCCACGCCGAGGUGGUGUGGGAGUCCCUGGUCGACGUCAAUGGCGAGAGCGCCGAGUUCUUCUCGGGCGACUUCCGUCUCGUUGGUGGUAUCGCCGACCAGCCAACUCAUUCGGGGGAUACCGUGCCCGAUAAUUGGAUGGAUGCCGUGCCCGAUGAUAAUAACAACUGGACCACAGUCCAGCCCCGACGCGGCCGCACACAAACCGCGCGGCAAAGCGGCGCCGGCGAACCGCCCCGUUCGCCAAACAACGAGCAGGAGGACCGCGACCUUGCCCUCGCUCUCCAGCUCCAAGAAGAAGAAGACGAGCGCGCCCGCACCGACCAAGAGCGCCGACGCCGCGACCAUCUCCUCUCGGAACAAUUCAUCCAGCAAGAAGGCGGGCGCUCCAACGCCUCGCUCGCACAGGCUACAACACAAACAGUGCGCUCCCUCCUCCCACCGCGGAACGGGCCCACCCAACCCGCCACAACAACAACCACAACCACCGGCCCGGCCAGAAUGACGAACCGCCCCGCCGAAGACGGCCUCGACGACGCCCCGCCCAGCUACGAGCAGGCCGCCAAACAGCUGCCCUACGUCCCGCCCCAGGGCCACCCUAGCCACCCGGGCAGCCAUCCGGGCAGUACGGGGACGAGUCCGGCGCUCAGGCAGGGGCAGGGGCAGGCGGGCGGUUCGGCGCGGCCGCAGCAGCAGCAGCAGCAAUACCAAGGGAGUCCUGCUAUGGGCGGCGGGCGGAGUCCGGGUAUGGGUAUGGGUGGUGGUGGUGGUGGGGGGAUGAUGGGCUCUGGGAGGGGGAAUGGGUAUCCCGGUGGGAAUGGGGGUGUGCCGCCGGAGGAGAAGAGUUGCGUGGUUAUGUAG